GCUGUCCGGAUGCUGAGCGGGCGGGGCGGUUCUCUGUCGCCGUGUGUUGUUGUGAUGUAGUAGGACGACGGAACCGAGCAGAACCGAGCAUCAAACGUCACUACGGUUGUUUUUUAAGAGCGAAAUCUCUGAAAAUGCGCGUGUGCAUUUUAAAACCGCGGUUUUAAUUCGGACGACGUCGGACUUAUCCCUACUACGGCAUCGAACACGUCGUGUUCCAGGUGACAAUAUUCAUCCAUUUCGAAGUCGAAGGUUGUGCAGAACAUCCAGCAUGGCGUGGCCGUGCAUCAGCAGGGCGUGCUGCAUGGCCCGCUUCUGGAACCAGCUCGACAAGGCGGACAUUGCGGUUCCGUUGGUGCUGAGCAAGUACACGGACGCCUCGGAGAUGCAUCCGGUUCCGCUGCAGCCUCCGUCGCAGGCCCGCGUCGCCAUAGAAACGCAGCCGUCGCGCGCGCAGCGCCGCUCGGCUGCAGGUGCGCGCGCGCCCAGGAGGUGCGUGUCCGAGGAGCGCGUGUGCAGCUCGGUCAUGCGCGAGGACUUUAAGCACUGGAAGGUCCGACCGGAACCCAGCUGCAAACCCAAGAACGAGUACCACGGCCCGCAGAUCCCCUUCAACAGCGAGACCCAGUACCAGAAAGACUACAAGCCCUGGCCCCUUCCCAAAAGGUACGACCACCCGUGGAUACCCAAACCUACUGACCACCAGACCCCGGGCAGGUCCACACAUGCCAGACAUGUGGACAGUGGCGUGGAGAAGAGCGUCAUUGCUGACAAAGUCCAGGAGAAAGACCUCCUCCAAGGCCAGGAGAGGAAAAAGAGGUCUACUAGAAAAGCUGAAGGAGAGAAGAAAGUGGUGCUGAAGGUGGAAGGACAAGGCAGGGCGGCUGUGGAUGCUGUAAACAGACAAAUUAAGGAGGACAUCACAUCGGGCAGCUCUUACAAAACCGAAUUUAAGGCUUACAGAGAUGUAAAACCUGCACAGAUGAUCCGGGCCAAGUCUCAGUACCUACCCCCGGAUGAGAAGACCAGGCUGGAGACCAGCUAUAGUGCUACAUUCAAGGGACAAGCCCCGCUUCAGCCCACUGACAACAAAGCCAUGGAGAGGAGGAAGAUACGCAGUUUGUACAGCGAGCCGUACAUCGAUCCCACCAAGCAGGUGGACAGGUACACCGUCCCUCGCUCUAAAGCCAAAAAGGCCGCCGGCGCCGCGGCAACCGGCCAGGCCAAGCCAGCGAAGAAAGCCAAAGAUAAGCAGAGCUCCAAGAAGACGACCUCGGAGAACCAACCCGUGAGCCGACCAGCGAUGGGGGACAAGGAGAAAAGUAAAGAGAUGAACAACAAACUGGCUGAGGCAAAAGAGGUUGUGCUAAAACAACACCACUACAUACAACUCUGCCAGCCAAUCCGAGAUAUUGGUUGGGUGCAGACCCUAAAGCAACACCUGUGGGGCUGUGCUCUACCUAAUUCCAGAGAUACUAAAGAAGAGUUUCUCCGACCUGGUCAUCACCAUUCCCAGGGUGCUGCUGGAGGAGAACCACAACCACUGCUGGAAAGAUCCGAACCACGGAGGAGCAGCGGAGUCGUACGAUUUGCCCUCGAUUUGAACCAGACUGAGUAGUACCUCCUGUCGACAUCACACAAAAAUGCAUGGAACUGUUUUUUUUUGGUUGCCAUUUGACACCGUGGCAUUAUUAAAAAGGUGCUAUAUCAUUUUUUUCUUCAUACAUACAUUGCAUUUUAAAGCUAUUGACAGAAAUAGAAUAAUAAAUCUAAUCACAAAGUGCUGAUGAAACAUCUAAAGCAGCUUGUAUACACUUCUAGGGUAAAUAAAGGCAUCACUUGAAGUACUGGAUGAUUAUUUUGUACUUAAUAUCUAGAUUUUUCCAUGAAGCCAACGUUACUUGUAUUUAUCUUUCUCUUUCCCUAUUACAAAAAGUUAAUAUCGUACUAUGUACAAUAUGUACAUUGAUAACUAUAGUGUAUUAAGUUGUAGUAACAAGAGUAAACCACUAGAUGGCAACACAGGCUGAUAGAUGAAAAUACACAAUUCACUUGAAAGGGUUCAUCACUGUAGACUGGAAAUACUGUGUGUGGGUGCAGGGGGGGACUUUUUUAUUAAAUAAUUAAUAUUAAAAAAUAAAAUUAUAACAAUAAUAUUAUUGCAAAUAAUUAAUAUUAAAAUAUAUUAAAAUAAUAA